GACGUUUUACGUCGGUUUACGUAAUGCGUACCUAAGUUGAUCAGCCUGCUUCUGCUUACUCACAAGGUUGUUUUUAUCGCUUGCUUUUGGUAAAACAGAUUUAAUUUCGGGUGUCGCUUUGCUCUCAAGUUAGCACUUAGUAUAAACAGAGAUUCAGGAAUAUAUCAUGCGACUUUUUACUGAGGGGAAACCUAUAAAGCCAGCAACAUUUGGACACCAACACGCUAGGAGUAGCUAACAAAAGUUAGCAUCGCAAAGCUCAGUCCGUACAGUAGACGACUGUCUUGUAUUCCGUGUUUCGACUUUGGUUGAAGGGAUCACAGGUUCUGUACUGUAUACCCGCCACUGGUAUCGCCAGGAGAGGAUGAACUGGCUUUUCCCCCUGUCCAAAGGAUCUGGACCUCUCCCACCUCUCAACAGCUUACAGCAACAAAGACAGCGGCAGAUCGAAUCGCUCAAAGCAGCACACCCCAGUCUUGCAGAAAUUCAGAAGGAUGUGGAGUACCGAAUACCAUUUACAGUUAACAACUCUACCAUUAAUGUUAACAUAUUGCUUCCCCCUCAGUUCCCUCAAGAAAAGCCAAUGGUUAGUGUCUACCCCCCAGUUGGGCACCAUUUAGUUGACGGCAAUAAUGGGACCAUUGUCACAAGUCCAUUAAUAACAAAUUUUGGAAUGCAUUCAGAUCUAGGUAAGGUUAUACAGAGUUUGUUGGAUGAGCUUUGGAAGAGUCCUCCUGCCUUUAUAUCAUCUGGCCCAAGUGGCUUUCCAUUCAGCAUGUACAAGUCAUCCGGCAUUGCUCCAUACCCAGCUCAGGGCUUUCAUUAUGGUCCUCGCCACAUUGGCCCAGGCCAGGCUCCACCUGGCGCUCCUUCACCUACUCCUGCCCCCACGCCCCACGCCGGGUCAGACGCUGUGCAUGGAACUCCUCAAACCCCACCUCCAAGUGGAUUCAUUCCUGACCUACCCAUGCCUGUGCCCACAGGAGACCUACAGGUAGGGCUUAAUGGACACCUCUACAAGAUGCCAGAGAUUCCAGAGGCUUUUCCUGAACUUUGUGACAAAAACCUCACCCAGUUGUCAGACAUGUCGGAAAACGAAGAUGUGCUGAUUGAGUUCUUUGUGUCUUUGCCGCAACUCAAACAAGUUGCAAACGAUAAAGAAGAUCUUAUCACAAGUAUUGUUAACAUGGCCAAGAAAAACCUUCAAAUAGAGCCACAGCUGGAGGGCAAAAGACAAGAAAUGCUUUGCAAAUAUGAGCAGCUCACUCAGAUGAAGUCGACUUUUGAAACAAAGAUGCAGAGACAGCAUGAACUGAGUGAGAGUUGCAGUUUAAGUACUCUUCAGGCCCGGUUGAAAGUUGCAGCUCAUCAGGCAGAGGAAGAGUCAGAGGAGACAGCGGAAAACUUCUUGGAAGGACGUACGGAUAUAGAUGAAUUCCUCUCCAGCUUUAUGGACAAGAGAACUCUUUGUCACAGCAGAAGAGCAAAAGAAGAGAAGUUACAGCAGUCCAUUAAUACACUUGGACAGUUUUCUUCUAGUCACUGAAAACAAGGUAUUUCUCUCAGCCAAAUGCUGCCAUCAAAAAUAUUUUAGAAGAAAUGUAAAGCACACUGAGGGACCCAAUGAGCUACUUUUACUGAAACACAAAUAUCAAAGUAAACCUUGCUGAGUGGGUGUCUCGGAUCAAAUAAGAUAGAACACACUAUAGACUUUCACCUGCUGCGUGUUGAGAUUUAUUUUUCAGUAUACAUCAUGUUUUUUGGAAUAAGAAUUUCUCCACCAACCAAGACACCACCGAUAUGGCCAUAUUGUUCUCAUAAGGAAUAAGUGAGGAAAAAAAUGUUGCUUUUUCCACAGAAUGCCAUUUAGUCGAUGAAAUUACAAUGACCAAUUUGAAUUAUUACAAAUGUGAGGGCAGUAUGUUAUAGUUAGGGUGAACUUAAAGUAAAUUGAAGUUAAAAUACAUUUUUGAUGCUGUUGACCUCAAGAGGGUCUUCAACCUCCUCAGUAUGUUUACAUCUGCACCAAGUACUAUAUUAUACUAAAUACACCACCUUAUGUGCAAUUUUCAGUUAUUAACGGGAUUGUUUGAAAUGGUUUAUGUAUUGAUUUAUGUAUUUAUUGUAAAAGAAUAUGCUCAAAGUAGUUCUUAACUGACCAUUUUGGUCCCAAUGCUGUAUUUCUAAAAUACUAGAGGUAGGUCUGGGUGUGUGGCUGUGAACAUUCUGCUGAGGUGAUGACGACUAAGGGCCAUUUAAUGCACCUUCUGAGCUUGAGGCUUUUGGAUAGGGAAACAAUGAAUAUUAGACUGAAUACAGCAGUAAAUAUCUUCAACAUCAGAAACUGUAGCAAACAACAAAGUUAAAUCUGUCAGAUUUAACUUCGUUGUUUGCUAUGGAUCAGACCUGGACGACUGAGGGUCUACACAGACAUCGGAAACUGUAUUUAAAUAAUGUUAAUAAUAAGCUUUAUUGUUAUCAAAGACUUCGACACCUUGUACCAUAUUUUAUUUGGUAGUGUAAUAAAGAAUU